UGGAGACAGAAGUGCAUGUUCCGAACAGCACCUGAAGGCAUCGUGAGUGUGCUGCUGAUAACGGACAGAAGGAAGUGGUGUUAUUGCAACAUCACUGCCACGUCUGUAGAGCUCUGCAGCAGCAGCAGCAGUGGGUCGGGGUUCCGGGAUGGGCCGGUGCUGGGCAGUGGAGAGGGACGAGGGGAGAGGUGGGAGUGACCGAGGAAGGAAAGAGGAAACACGUAGAGACACAACAACACAGCAGCGCCCAGAGGAGCCGCAGCUCCAGCUUCAAGCAGCCGUCUGGAGGAUCCUGCUGCUGGGGCUCUAUUGUUCCUACAGAGCGGCUGAAAUCACCCAGCAGGAGGAGGGGGACAUCCAUGCUCAGCUCAGGGAGAAUGGAGGAAUUCGUGACCGAAGAGGAAGAGCCAUGGUACGACCAGCAGGACCUGGAGCAGGACCUCCACUUGGCAGCAGAACUUGGGAAGACUCUUCUAGAGAGGAACAAGGAGCUGGAGGAUUCUCUGCAGCAGAUGUACAUCACAAAUGAAGAGCAAGUGCAAGAGAUUGAGUACCUGUCAAAGCAACUGGAGGUUCUUCGGGACAUGAAUGAGCAGCAUGCCAAAGUGUACGAGCAGCUGGACGGGACCGCCCGAGAGCUGGAACGCACCAACCACACACUGGUGACAGACAGCAAGACCUCACAGCAAAAGAUAGAGAGGUUAACAGGGACUAUUGAGACUUUGCAGAACCAGGUGGAGUCUCUGUCAGGGCAGGUGGAGCAACUUCGCUCCAUGGAGCAGCUCCGAGUCAGGAGGGAGAAGAGGGAGCGACGCAAGACCAUCCACUCAUUCCCCUGCCUGAGGGAGCUUUGCACAGCACCCAGGUACGAGGAUGAAUUUGUAGUUGGCAGGGCUGAGAGCUUUACUGUGGAUGCCAAGCGUCAACCAUUUGAAGAAGACAACCAGCACCUGAGGGAGGCAGUGUCGGCUCUGCGAGCAGCUGUCCGGACUGAGAGGGGUCGGAGGGAAGGGGUGGAGAGGGAGUGCAACCUCCUGAUUGCAGAGUUCUCCCGGCUCCAGACACGAGUGCAGGAUGCUGAAAGCUGCCAGGCAAGGGUACGAGAGUUGGAGGUGGAGCUACAGGAGCUGCAGCAGCUACGUCGGGCUCGGACUUUCCUGCUGAGCAGUGAGGAUGAUGGCGUGGCUCUUACCCAGACUGUCCUCAACAUCACCCCAGAGACCGACACUUUUCUAGAGGUGGAGGUCAGUGAGACAGGAGGUGGUGUGAGGGAGGAGACUGAAGGUGGAGGAGGUGUUGGAGGUGAGGCGUUACCUGAGUCCAGCCCUGUGAGGAAAAGCUGCAGCGACACAGCACUCAACGCCAUUGUGGCCCGGGAUGCAUCUGGCCGCAGGAGAGGCAGCUACGCUCUCCAUGCCAACAGUGUGAGGAAAAGAGGGAUGUCCAUCCUCAGGGAGGUGGACGAGCAGUACCAUGCCUUACUGGAGAAAUACGAAGAGUUGUUAGGGAAGUGUAGGCGCCACGAGGAGAGCCUGUGUCACGCCGGAGUCCAGACUUCCAGGCCUGUCUCCCGAGACCCAUCGAUGAAAGACUGUGCCAUGGGCCCCACACCAGCGCCUCCCCCGACUCCCACCCAGUCUCCCUCCACCCCUGAGGCCAUUGAGAGCAUCAGCAAGCAGGUGGAGGCAGUAGAUAAGCGACUGGGGCAAAAUACUCCAGAAUACAAGGCACUUUUUAAGGAGAUCUUCUCUCGCAUCCAGAAGACCAAGAUGGACAUCAAAGCUACCAAAGCUGCGAAAGCUAGCAAAUCUGGGAAAUCUGGCAAAUCUAGCAAACACUAAAUUUGCAGGGGAUGGAUGGAUGAUUAUGUUGCUUUUUCAGUGUUUAGUGCUCGAGUUUGUGAAGAAGAACCUGGUGUGAACAGUCUUAGAGGGUGCGACUUUGAAAAAUAUUAAAUUAAGGUACAGUUCAUGUCAGCUAAGGUCAAGUCAGACAGCACAAAUUUCAUCCAGAACUGAAACCUUCCAGGUAACUAAAAGAACUUGAAGGCCAGUUUUAAAAAUUCUGCAGACUUUGGACACAAACAUACAAAGCAUUUAAUAAUUUGUUGAGCCCUAGUUAGUUUUCACUCCCACCACAAUCAGUGCUCCAACUAGACCUAUAAUGGCUUCACUGCCUUACUAUCUUACGCACUACACUCACAUCAACACAGUAAUAUGCCUCAUGUGAGCCUCACAAGUGCACCAAAAGCUCAAGCUCCACAAAAAAAUGAGAAAAGUGCAUCAUUGGCGAGUACAUGUGUGGAAAUUUCAUAUUAACACAAAUUGUGUCCGUUGUGUUUAUUACAAAGGACUAUACUAACAUUUGUGUAAUUACAGUAAGACAAAGGUUGAUGGCUCACCUCUCAAUCCACAGUGCUGUCUGUCUCAAGAAUAACCUGUAGGUGCUAAUAAUUCUCCCAUAACUUACAUUACUAAUCACAUUAACACUGCUAAGCAUUUAAAAAAGGCUUAUUUAUUAUUGAGGUUGCUACUGUCUUGUGUGUGUGACCUAACUUCUGCUUAUUUAAAGAUUAUUUUUUACCACACCUUUAACCUAGAUCACUGACUUGUAGAUAAAAAAUUAACAUGGCCACUAUCCCAUUUGAAAGCCUUUAGUUUAAAAUUUCUGUAUCAUCGACUUCACUCUAAAUGGGACCAUAGUUUACAAAGGAAAAUGUUGCUACAUUGAAAGAGAAUUGAAACUGCUAAUAGAGAUCAGAAACUCAUUAGAAAAAUGUUCACGGAAGUAACAAAUUAAGUCAAAAAUAACUUCUUUAUCUUAUAGACUUCUAUACAGUCUGACUUCUUUUUACAACUGAGUGAGUUGCUUUCUGCUGGCUGUUUGAAAGAAAAUAUGAAGCUAUUCAUGUUGAUUUCACUUUUCAGAUAUGGAGUCUCGUUUAUAUCGUUUAUAUACAGGUCUGGGCAAUGAAUACUUUAACAGUGCUGGAAAUUCGAGUUGAUGGAAAAAAAACCUUAUCACUGUCAUGUUUGUACAGUGAAUAUGAAGCUAUAAUAAGCGGCUCCAGCUAGUCAGCCUAGCUGAGCACAAAAACUAGCCUCGCCCUGGUGACAACAAGCCAGGAGCAAAAACAAUGACAUGUUAUGAACAAACAGCAAACUCAACGGGAGUUGAAUUUUAUUAGCUUGCUUGUUUUGUCCCCACAACCUCUCUCUGUGCUAAGCUAAGCUAACCAGCUUCAGGUUGUGACUUCAGGUUGUAGCUUCAUAUUUAGCGCACAUACACAAGAGUGUCGCCAGUCUUCUCAUCUAACCCAUCAAACAAAUCAGCAUGUUUCACAAAAUAUUGAACCAUGACUUUAUUUACUUGAUUCCCUUUCAGUGGAAGCGCUCAAAUACUUCAGAUGUUGGAAAUGGAUCAGAUGAAAAUGGUAUGCUAACUAUAAAAUGUCAGAAAAUUGACUCCAGCUUGACACCCUCAGCUGUGUUUCUGUAAUUUUAGCUCUCUUUUAUUUAGUAUUAGUAGUGAAAUGCCUUUCAUGUGAGCCGACAAUGAAAUUGGUCAAUGAGGUACAGGACUCAUUUGUUCUUAUUUGUAAGUAGCGAGUGAGCUUAUUGUAGAAACCUGUUGAGUUUUGAGUUGAAUAUUGGUGUGACGAUCCCAGUAAAUGCUAAAAAGCUGCUGUGUUAGAGAGAGGGUGCAAAGGACAAUCUCUGCAAUUAGUUGUUUUCACUAUUUCUGGGCAUUAUGAACACUCCAACAGACUACAGUAUACUAUAUACAGUGUAGGUAUAUUAGGUUGUUGGGAAGACAGUUUUGUCUCUAACAGAUCGAAUAAUGAGAAAGGGCAAAGAUUAGGAAAGAAAUAGAUCUUCAGUGCAAUUACUGAGAUAGCAAACAAGGCCACUGGAUGAAGAAGUCAGCAAGGAAGUUUAUGAAAAACACAUGUGGAACCUUUUUAAAUAGAGUAACUGUAGAGCUUUAUAUACAAGUGUUAAGAAAGUUUUUUCUUUAAUUAUAGCCAGACAGACACACUGUAUACUUGACCUGUAACCAGUAUAAAGCUUCAAGCCAGGGCUUUGUCUAACACCUAGCAGUCUUACCAAACUAUAAACUAACCUGCAACUUAUUGCACCUUUUUCACAAUACUCAAUACCUAUGCCUUUUUCUGGGUAACCUCCUGUAUGUAAACCUUUGUUAUAAUGAAUGUUAUCGCAGCUAAUAUUUUAUACCCAAUUCUUAAGUAAUGUUAAAGACAUAACCAAGCUUGAAACAUUUCACAUGUGGCACAGCUGACACCCGAGGGACCCUACACUUGUGUUUAAGCCUGAAGUAUGUAAACUGUGGAGGAUGGAUGCUUGUCUGUAACCCAGAACUGAGCUCAUAGAAGAAUCCUGUUACUUCGCCAUGAAAUAAAGAUUCAUUGCGGCAAUUUAUUUAAACUGGACAACUGUGGUGUAUAAAAAGUUUUAAGGUCAACACUCAUGUCUUUAAGAAUGAUUCAAGUGUAAGCAGUGGGGAAUAUGUGUUAGCUUAGACAAACAAUGCCAAACCAGAGUCUUUUAUUAUUUUACAAAGGCUCAUAGGGUUUAUGUACUGUAAUGUCUUACCUAUUGCACUUGAAAAAUGUCUUACGCCUCAUGUUUUGCAUUUAUAAUAGCUAAAGUGAAACUGUUCCUCUGUGUUUAUUUGUGUGUGAAUGUUACUCUCUGUUGUUUUUUUUUAACUUUUCAGUGCCUAUAUGUGAAUGUCAAUAACAAAUUGUCAAUAAACCUAUUUAAUUUGCUUUACUUUUACUAUCCAGUUUAAACGUGCAUUUUUAGUUCAUAAGAUAUUGGCAUUAAAGUUUAGUCUGGACUGACAUUAGUUCAUGGCAUUACUUAACUAAGAUCUACUUUACCCUUUCAAUAAAGAAUUCAUAUAAUGCA